CCCAGCGAACGAGGCGAUGCAACAUAAUCCUUGUCCAUAAUGCGGCACUUGAAGAUAUGUAUGAGUGAGCAAUGCCUUUGAUCCGUGGCCACUUUCCUGUGGUUUUCGCCGCGAACUCCCUGCACAGAAAUGUGCUGCAAAAAUGUCCAGUAAAACCAAAAACCGGCGGGGCCAAAACAGGCGGGGCCGAAACAUAGGCCCAGGUUGGCUCUGGGACGACGCUCGACAGAAGCAUUAUUACGCAGAUGACCAAAAGCGCUGCUGGUUCUUCGAUGAUGGAACCACGAUCCCGUACGAACAGGAGGUUACUCAACCUCUCGAUAGUCGAGUCCCACGCUCUGCCGUCGAUAACCAUUAUCGUAGCGACGACGAUGGAAAUGAUCUGAACUCUCAGUUUGCCGAACUCGACGUCAGCCAAGACUACCAGGACUCGGAAUAUAUAGAGGGCUACAAAUCACCGGCCCACGAACAUCACGAACCCCAUUAUACUUCGCGUACUCAGCGGUCCGACAACUACGGCGAAGCACAAUAUGAUUCGGCGGCGCAGGGUCCGGCAACAAAAUCUCAGUCUGGAUUACUUUGGGGUUCGCAGCAGACCCCCUACGAAGCACCAUAUAGUCCGUAUCCCAGCACAUCCAUUCCAAUUCCACCGUACGGUGCGCAGCAGAACCUCAUAACCUACCACGCUCGCCCUCAAUACUCCUCAGACGCGCAACAACCUUAUUCUAACACACAGCGAGUACCAUACUCAUUGACAGAGGCGGAUGUCUUCUUCGAUCCUCCUCACAAUAUCACAGAUCCACGCCUCUACAAGAAAGAUAUAACUGCCUUGGCUCGAGUAUAUGGGAUCGAACUUUCAAAAUGCGCCGUAUUAGGAACAGUCUUCAAGAUUCCGUGGUCAGAGUCUUCGGGCAUCGACUCAGAUCGUGAUGAAGUAGAAGGGGACUAUGGCUUCCCUUUUCGUUGGUUUGUUGUUGUCUUAGGGACGGGCGGCACCCGUUUCUGUUCUUGCUUACUAAUAACCACUUAUCAAGGGUGGGGUAUCCAGAAGGCGGGGAUUGCCGUCGACGCCCAUGAAGUAAUCGGUACUCGACAAGACCUGUGUGAGGACGAAAAAUUGGGCCAACCAAUCAUAGUAAAACCAAAAGUCUAUGACUCCAGGAUGCCAUACAAUUCCCUGGUCAACUUUGAGAAGAUAUACAGCAUAGAUCGCGACGUUUGCGUCGUUGAGUUUGGCAAGGUUGACCGAUAUCAAAGCCACAGCCUUUUCGAGACGCUAGUGAGAAUUUGGUCGACUGUGACGGCUAAUUUGUCUGAAGAGGAGCGGCAACGGCGUCAAGUUGAGGACAGAAACCGUUGGGAACGAAAUCAAGACGAUUUCGCUGAUGGUUAAGAGGGUUGAUAUAGAGAUGGAACAUUUUAAUGAUGAGCUUAUGGAUUGUAACUCCACUGGUGUCUAGAGUGACUGCGUCACCACCGGAAAUGGCAUUGACAGCUCUGUCCCAAAAAUAUCAACGAAAUCUUCCUGCACGGUCUCCUAUCCGCCGACUCCGACGGCGUCGCCAAUUUGAAGCUCUCUUCUCAGUUCACUGCACCGGCUGCACAACACACACUCAUGUCCUCGUACACUUUAAUGGCACAAUCUACCCAGACGGCACGUAUGGCGGCGGUGUAAUGUCUCAUGUCUGCUAACUCUUCUUU